AUGGUGACGGCCAAGAUCGCUCACAGGGCGAAAGUGAACAUGGCAGUGGCGACUGGCGUGGACUAUGACGAAGAGAGCGACGGCGGUGAGGAAGCAGAUGCUCCACGUGCACCGCCGCCUCCUAAGAAGGUGAAAAUCGCGGCUAGACGGACGAAGGCUGCGAUGCGCCAAGUCAAGGCGACGGAGGCACCAAGGAAGACGGCCGAAGCGGCUCCGGCACCAGGACGAUUCGGCGAACUCAAGUGUUAUGCCUGUAAUCAGCUGGGGCACUUCGCUCGCGAGUGUCGAGAUGCUGAAGCCCGCGCCCGCAGCGACGAGUAUCUCGCUCGACGUGAGCAGGACAGAAAGCAGCAGGAAAACGAGGAUCGGGCGACGUAG